AUGAAUAUAAAUGGAGAUAUAGAUACUAAAAGCUUAAUUGAGGAAAGAGAAAUAUGGAAAAAAAAGUUUCAAGAAAUUGAAUCAGAAAAUUUAAUAUUGAAAAAAAAAUUAGAUGAAACUAUAACAAAUUAUGAAAAUAAAAAUGUCGAAGGAGAAAAUUUUAUGAAAAUAAAAACAGAUAUGUUAAUGAAAUAUGAAUAUAUGGAAAAUAAAUGUGAAUAUCUGGAUAUAAAAGUGAAUAUACUAAGUUUAGAAAAAGAAGAAGAAAUUAGAAAAAAUAAAAUACUUCAAAAAAUUACUAAUAAACAAAAAAAAGAAAUUGAAGGAUAUAUAAAAAUAUUAGAAAAAGUGAAAAGUAUGAAUAUAUCAUCUAAAAAAAGAAAAAAUGAAGCAGAAAAUCAGAUUUCUUCUAUGAUUAAUAAUGAUUUAUUAAUAAAGAAUGAUAACAUUCUAUUAAGAGAAAUAAUAAAAGUAAAUGAUAAACUAAAUGAUAUAAAUAAUAAACUAAAUGAAAAAAUUAUAGAGGAAUUAGAAAGAACAAAAAAAAAAUUACAUAUAGCUAAUAGUAAAAUUCGAAAAUUUCAUGAUGCUUUUAUAAAUUUAAGUAAUAGUUAUUCAAAACAUAAAGAAGAAAUAAAAAAAAAAUUAUUAGUAACUCUAAAAAUUAAUGAAGAAUUAAGAGAAGAGUUAGAAAAAAAAAAAUCCAUAGAAAAAUAUAACGUGGAAAAUAUAAAAAAAUUAGAAGAAUAUAAUGCAAAAAAUAUUUUAUUAAAUUUUUAUGAAGUAAAAUAUAAAAUAAAUGAUAGAAGUAAAAAUAUAAUUUUAAGAUAUAUUAAUUUAAUAACUAGUGAGAGUAAAAAGGAAGAAAGUGGUAAUUCAGAAGAAUUUAAUAAAGACAUAUUUUUAUACGAUUUGUACAAUAUACAUGAUAAAAAUGAAGAAAAUUAUGAAAAACAAAUAAACUUAUUAAAAAAAAAAAUUUUAGAGGGAGAUAUUUCUUAUCAAUUGAAUAAAAAAAAAGAUGACAUGUUUUUAGAUACGUUAUCUUUUCAAAAUAAAGAAAAUUGUGAAAAAAGUUUAGGGGUAUAUAUUCUUAAUAAUUUAAAUUCAUCAAAUAUUGUAGAAAUAUUAUAUUACCAUAUUAAAAUAGUAAAUGAUAUUUUGGAGUGCUUUAAUAUAACACUAUUACUUCUUUUAUACAUAUAUGAUACUUAUUUAAAAGAAAUAAUAAAUAGUAUUAACAAUAGUUCUUAUUUGCAGUCUUUAGAAAAAAGUCAGAUAAGAUUUUCAGUGUAUUUUUUUAUAACUUUAUCUAGCUUUUUGUUUUCUACAUUAAAAUAUAUUCAUAUUUUAAAAAAUUCAAAUUGUAAUGAUUAUUUAAAAUUAUUAUGUAAUGAGAGAGUUUUUCAUAUAUUUUGCUUAAGUAAAUAUACUUUAGAACAAUAUAUGGAAAAAAUUAAAAUAAAGUUAUUUUCUUCCAAUAUAGAUUAUUCAAUAUUGACAGUUUUAAGUGAUCAGUUAAAUAACCUUUAUGAUUCCAUGUUUACUCAAAAAAAUAUAUACAAUGAAAAUAGUGAAGGAAUAAGUGAAAGAUGCCAUCAAAUAAUUAAUGAUAGCAAAAAUGAAAAAGUUAACAACAAAGAAGGAACAAAUAAGGAGAUAAUAUACAAUACAAAUAAUGAAAAAAAAGAAAACACAGAAAAUCAAACAGAAAAAAUAAUACUAGAUUUAGAUAAAGAAAAAAAUAUUUCGUCAUUUGAAUUAUAUUGUUUUUUAAAUUUUAUUAUUGCAACUAGUAUUCUUUUAAUGAAUGAUAAAGAUAUAUUAUUUGGUUCAUUUAAUAAUAUAAAUAUAGAUAUACAAAGGGAAAUACUAAUAAAAUGUGAGAAUGUAUUAAAAUUAAUUAAAGUUCCCAAAAAAAUUUUUAGUUUCUAUUUUUGUAUGAAAAGAUAUAAAUUUUCAUUUAAUAACUUUAUAGAAAUAACUACAAAUUACAAAAGUUUAAUAUUAGGUAAUGCAAAUUAUAAUAAUAAUAAAGAAAAAUCAGAAAUUUUAGUUACAACUAUAAAUGAAUUAAGUAAAAAUAUUUUAAAUGAAUUAGAUAAUAUAUUAGACAACACUAAUAUCUAUUCUAUUGAUGGACAUGAAACAAAAGAAUUAUAUAUUUUUAAUAUAUGUGAUAAAUAUGUAAAUAUGUACAAUAAUAUUACAUCUAAAAAUAAUGAAAAUAUGAUAGAGAAAAAAAUUAUAGAAGAAAAAGAUGAUAUAAUAAGAAAACUAGAAAAAGAUAUAACUGAUUUUGAAAAUAAAAUACAAUUAAUGAACAAAAAAAUUAAUCUAUUAACUGUAAAAGAGGAAAAAUGCAAUAAAAUGCAAAUUGAUUUAGAUAUUUUGAAAAAGGAAAAAAGUGAAUAUUUAAAUAUUAUUAGUGAUUUAAGAAAAAGCAAAAAUGAAAGUACAAAUGAAAUUGCAUAUAUUACUAAACAUUACAAUGAAACCAAAAAUAAAUACAAUGAACUUUUAAAAGGUUUUGAACCAAAAAAAAAAUAUUUAAAUAGUAAUAAAAAUAAUGAACAUUCUAACAUAGAUAUUUAUUAUAUGAAAAAAAUUAUAAAUAAUUUAUAUUAUGAAAAUUUUUUAACAAAAAUAAAUAAAAAUUAUCAUUUGUAUGAUGAAAAAAUUAACUAUUAUAAUAGUUUAUACAAUGAUUACUCAAAAAUUAAUUUUCUUUAUAAGGAUGAAAACUAUGAAGAUGAUAAAUGGGAAAAUAAAAAUACAUAUGAUAAAAAUACAAAUGAAAAUGAAGAUGAAACAAAUAUAAUGCUUAAUAAGAUUUUUGGUGAUGAAAUUUAUUUUACAAACAAAAAUCAUAAAGUAUUAUUUGAUGAUAUAUAUAAUUGUGAAUUAAUUAAAAGUAGAUUAUCCAAGCAUAAAACAAACUAUUUUAAAAAUAAAUUAUAUCAGACUAUUUUAUGUAAUUCUUUUAAUGAACAAAAAAAUAAAUGCAUAGAAAUUGUGGACAUAAUUGAAAACUAUAAAAAUUUGAAAAAUGAAAUAUUAAGAGAAAUACUAAAUAUGUCUAUAAAUAAUAAUAUUCAUGUUAAAAUGAAAAAAAAUUACAAAAUUUCUGAACAUUUACAUCAUAAAUUAAUAGAACUGAAAAGUAUGAUAAAAAAAUUUUAUAUUAAUAAUAAUUUAAAAGAUUUAAAUAAAAACCUUCCUACAUUAGAAAAUGUACUAAAUAUAACUAUUGAAGAAAAAAGUAAUACAGGAGAAAAAUGUGAAAAAAUAAGUAAUAGCACUAAUAAAAAUUUAAAUAAACAAACAUAUUUACUUAGUGAUAAAGUAAUCUUGAACGAUCAUUCGUUUUCAUAUUUAAUUCAAAAUUUGUUUGAUAUAUGA